CUAAACAGUAAUUACCGUUUUUAACUUGAAACUUAUAGAAAGUCUAGGGACUAGAAAAGAAAAUAAAGAUAUCGGCGACAUGUUUGAAUUGAGACAACUCUAAAGAAAGAAAGUAAAGGAGCAGCGGUUGUCCGUAAACAACGGAUAGAUCUGUCGAUGUUUGUUUUCGGAACUCCGCGUUGAAUCAGCGUCGAUGUUUCUCCAAUGGAAGAUAAACCAUUAGGGAUUCUCAGAGUUCAUGUCAAAAGAGGGAUUAAUCUUGCUAUUCGUGAUGCCACCACCAGUGAUCCUUAUGUUGUUAUCACAUUGGCUAAUCAGAAACUGAAGACGCGUGUGAUUAAUAAUAACUGUAAUCCAGUGUGGAAUGAACAACUGACCCUUUCCAUCAAAGAUGUGAAUGAUCCAAUCCGUCUGACGGUGUUUGAUAAAGACAGAUUCUCGGGAGAUGACAAAAUGGGUGAUGCAGAAAUAGACUUUAGGCCGUUCCUAGAAGCGCAUCAGAUGGAGUUAGACUUCCAGAAACUCCCCAAUGGUUGUGCAAUCAAGAGGAUCCGUCCAGGCAGGACCAACUGUUUAGCUGAAGAGAGCAGCAUCACUUGGAGCAAUGGGAAGAUCAAACAAGAGAUGAUUCUUAGACUAAAGAAUGUUGAGUGUGGGGAAGUAGAGAUCAUGCUUGAGUGGACCGACGGUCCAGGCUGCAAGGGUCUGGGACGCGAAGGAUCCAAGAAGACACCAUGGAUGCCGACAAAACGAUUGGACUAAGACGCAGAAAUGUUCAAACAGAGACCGUGAAGAUGUGAUGGUAUUUUUUCUUUCUGUUCAUGGAAAGACAAAGAUGAGUUUGUCUUUGUCUCAUCAGAGUUUAAAUUGAUAAAAAGGCUCUGCUUUGGUCUUUAGUUGUACAUGUCGAAUAACUCAACCCUUAUAUAUAUUGUAUCUGUUUCUACUAACUGAAGAAAUAAAGCAAACCCUGAAUUUCUAGAA